CUUUUCUUAGAAAUUCGUAUGCAUUUAAAAAUAAUAUCCAAAGUCGACAAAAUUUGUAGUUCAGAUUAUCAUUAACAAUCGAUAUUUAUCGAUAUCAAACGUGUACAUCACCUGUCGUCUAAAAAUGUCAUAGCAAAAGGAAAACGGCGAAAGUUGUGAAAAAAGGAACAGCAGGAUUAUUAAUGUGUGAAGUGGUGAAAGGAGUGUCGAAGAAGAAAUAUAAGGAAUUAAGUUUUCUACGAAAUUUAAUUAAUAAAAUCUCUAGAUAUCCAUUAAAAAUGUUGUUUAAAUCACUACGCUCAAAAGCGUAGACGCAUCGGCAAAAUUAAUAGAACGCAAAAUAAAAAAAAAAUUGCUUGCUAGUAGAAUUUGAAAAUCAAAGCAGAAAUCCACAAAUAGAUAAGAACAUAAUUUGAACUGUGACGGCACAGCAACAGCCACCUCACACAGCAACUGUUGCUGCUGCCGCUGUCGCUGCAAACUACACGGCCUUUGGGCAACGCAAGCCCUUUAGGCAAGAAUAUUUUUUUCGACAUUUGAUUUGCGAUUAGAGGCUAUUUUAGGUGAUACACUGCUGACAGCAAACAUGACUUCAGCCGUGGAUAUACAAAUAGUUUCGGCACCCAACCUGGACAAAAUUGAGAAUUUCUUCAAAGAUGUUUCGUAUCGCGAGACAAUCGAAUUCAGUGCUAACUUUAAUACACGUCUAUGUUUAGAACGCCGACUGCGCGUACCUUUUUUCGAUCCUCAAACCCGUGUGGCACAAAAUCAUUCACAUCUCUUCAUGGACAAACGGCAACGGAUGCCGGGGUUUCGUCAAGGGCAAAUCUACACAUACCCGGCAACGCGUUGGCGCAAAAGCCGGCGCCAGUAUCUGAAUAAAAUGUACCGGUUUCCCGAUCGGCCAUUUCAGGCAUUGCGCAAAGAUAACGAAACCAGCGCCGUAACCACUGGCCUAGUUACGUCGCCUUUAGUUGGGUCCAGUGUUAGCUCGAUACUUGAUGCCGAUUUGAAUGGCACAUUGCUAGAUGAAUCGCUCUCUUUGGGCGCAGCUGGUGGCGACACAUCAGACAGCAAAGAUAGUCAGCAAUUAAUAGUGCAGCAAGCGCAUCAGCCGCUGAAGGAUGACAUGUCAAAGGAAUGGUUCUACGAUGAUAUUGAAAUUAACGAGCUAGAUACACUGGAAGAUCCCAAGUCACCUGCCGAUGAUGAAUUCGACUAUGACCCACGUUAUGGCACCAAAAAACGUCGAAAGCGGCGUCCAAAUAAACGCAACUCAACUGGAAUGGGCGAGGGAGGCGGCGGCGGCGCCGGCGGUGGUGGACGGCGUCGUACUGGCGGGCAUCGCGGCCGAAGCUCAGCGGCCUCUACACCAGCAAACGUUUCUGAUGCAUCACUCUCGGCACUGGACACAAAUGAUGGUAACAGCAGUGGCUUAACUGGUGACAUUACAGCAACGCCAACAUCGAGUAGUAGUACUGGGCGGCGACCGCGCGGUACAGGUGGCACACGUGGGCGUCGUCGUACAAAAGUGAACAAUUUAAAUGUCUGUGAUCCACCCAGUCCGGGAUUGAAUAGUGAACCGCCCUCCUUUGAAAGUGCUGCAGCGGCGGUGGGUGUGAUGGGUGAUCUAACAGGUGUUGGUGUAAGUGAUGAGCAAGCCGAUUUAAGGAAUUAUCGCAAGUUCCUGUAACAAAGUGGCCACGUUGCCAGUUGCGCGAAAAUUUUACAGCGUCAAAAAGAGAAAAACAAAGCUAUUUGGUUGUUGGAUAUUUAGUUGUUGAAAAGUCAUUUAUGUUGUGUCAUUACCUUGCACAGCAAAACAAUUCCGCACACUAUUUUUUUUUUUUAACUUAAGAUGUCAAUUUGUCGCACGCUCAAUGCAAUAGAGACAUAACUCGGAAACUUGCGUUGGCAUGGUUGCAUUCACAAUUAUAUUGAAUUGCAUUCACAUUUUCGCAGACAUAAAUAAUUUAGAUUUGUUGUUUUGAUAGGAUGCCGAGUUUGCUGUGAAUCUACAGAUCAGCCAGUACUACCGAACCUAACCUAGAAUUUCAUGCCAAGCGUUUUAAAGCUGAAAGCCAUAGCGCCUAGAAUGCGCAAAUUGUACUGAGUGUUUCAAAUAAAAAGCAACAAAAAACUCAAAACUGCGAGUUGUUACCCUCUUGCAUUGCGUGUGCGAUAUGCAAGUGCGUAGUGCGCUUGUCUG